GAGAGGGGUGCCGCCAGCCUAGCGGUUCUCCAGAGGUUGAGCUGUAUGGCCCGUCGUUACAACCUCUACCUCGUGGCCAACAUGGCCGACCUGCAGCCCUGCCCCCUGAAGACUGACCCUUCCUCCUUUUGUCCCCCUGAUGGACAUUGGCAGUUCAACACCAACGUGGUUUUCAGUUCAGAUGGCCUGCUGGUGGCCCGAUACCAUAAACAAAACCUCUACUUUGAAGAAUCCUUUGACAAGCCGCCGCAACCUGAGAUCAUAACGUUUGAUACACCUUUUGCUGGGAGGUUUGGUCUCAUCACCUGUUUUGAUAUCCUGUUCUACAAGCCUACAAUUGAACUGGUUGAGAAGGGUGUGCAUCAGCUGAUCUACCCCACAGGCUGGCUCAACUCGCUCCCUUUGCUGGACUCAGUUCAGUUCCAGAGUGCAUUUAGCUUAGGUGCUAAGGUCACCCUGCUUGCGGCAAACCUUCGUAAAGAAAACGUCCCCCUUACCCAUGGAUACAAGACAAUGACAGGAAGUGGCAUCUACACUCCUUAUUCUGCUACGUACCACCACGCCCAGAAAGGAGACCCAGAGGAGGGCAUGCUGCUGGUGGCCAGGGUGCCAGUCUUAGACCCACUGUGGGCGGGGCAGAGUGUGGACACAGAGGAGGGGUUAGUUGGGGGUGAGUCCACAUCAUCUACACUUAAGGAAUCUGAGAGGUCCCCGGUGAUGUUCAUCAGGAAUUUGGUGCUGCUCCACCUGCUCCACAGCAGCACCACGAUGAAAGGGAUUGUUGUCUAUGCACCACGUGGCCAGCUGGUUCACCUCCCUCCUGUAGUUGGUCUCGUCGUUGUUGCUGAUGAGACCCACCACGGUUGUGUCAACCGCAAACUUGAUGAAGUGGUUGGAGCUGUGGAUUGGGGUCUGGCAGUGAGGAAGUCCAGCAAAUUGCAGAGAAAGGGGCUGAGGCCCAGGUGGGAGAGGGCUGGGUGGAGAGCAGAGGAGAUUGCAUCCUCAGUGGACUGCUUCGCUCGAUAUCCUAUUGAAACGGAUCCAGGGAGGGAGGGUGGAUCUUAUUUGCUUCAUGACGAGCCGCUCAAAUCAUUGAAGCAGGAAAGUGAUGACUUCUUCGGUACAGGUAUGAUGGUGGUUACCUUGAAGCAUGAGGGAACAACAGCCUGGCUCAGGGAGAUGUUGAAGAUGUCUGUGAGGAUAUCUGUGAGCUCAGCUGCGCAGUCCUUUGAACCAGGAAUGUUGUCAGCUCCUGAAACCUUUAACUCAUCCGUGACAUACGACCCACUUACAUUUGUCCCCUUGAGGGAGACAGAGGGCGAAGUCAAGGUGUGUAAUGACAAAUUUUGCUGCAACCUCCAGUACCGGCAGAUACAACAGGGUGACAGUAAAGAGCUCUACGCAUUGGGAGCAUUUGCUGGGAAACACCAUGGAAUCUACUUCAUCCAGGUGUGUGCACUCCUCCGCUGUGCAGGGUUGGACCCCAGUUCCUGUGGACAGAAAGUACAAGAGGCUGAGUCUAAAUUUGACUUUGUUUUGGAAGGGAGGUUUGGGUCCAGAUAUGUGUAUCCAUCAGUUUUGGCCAGCAAGUUUGUCCUGGAGCGGCCAAAGCAACUGGAAACAGCUCCAGAUGGCACAGUGACCAUGACACACUCAAACAUGACCGGUGGGCUGGUCACUGCCUGUCUGUACGGACGAAUGUAUCACCUGGACAAUGAAUAA